CAUGAAUGCUCUGAAACACGACACAGCCAAGCCGCACUGCUCGCAUAACCUGGAAGCCAGCCACACCAUUGUGCCACUGCGAGGAGUCGCUAGAGCGUGAUGGGACAAGGACAUCCCGGCCAGCCAAACCCUCCCUUAACCCAUACGACGCUGAGCCAAUUGUGCGCCGUCUCCGGGUUGCGGCCUGCUGCGACAUAGCCCGAGAUCGAACCCGACUCUGUCGUGACUCCUCAAGCACUGCGAUGCAUUGCCUUAGACUGCUGCGCCACUCGGAAGGCCUUGUCCGAAGUGUUGAUUCGCAAGGAGAUUGGAGAUUGAAGAAGAGACUGAACGUAGCUUGAGAGGCAACAUGAUUUGGAUAAAUAGUUGUGGGGAAUCAGCCCUGAGCUCAUCUAUUUGAAGAUUUUCUCUCCUCAUGUCCUCAAUCUCACACUGGUUGAUUUGCCAGGAAUAACCAAGGCCGUAGAACACUGCUGAUGUUCAGUAAGCUGGACCUGAUGGACGCAGGGACAGAUGCUCUGGAGGUCUUACUGUGUCGGGUCAUUCCAAUGCAGCUUGGAAUUGUGGGAGUGGUCAACAGGAGCCAGCAUGACGUCAACACCCAGAAGAGCAUAGAGGACAUGGCGUGGGAAGAGCAGGCCUUCCUCCAGUGCCACCACCCUUCUCUGGCCUCCCGCUGCGGGUCUCGCUACCUGGCCCACACCCUGAGCUACUUCCUCAUGCUCCACAUCCGGGACUGCCUGCCGGAGUUGAAGACCCGUGUGACGUGCUAGGUGCCCAAUACCAGGCCUGGCUCAGCAGCUACGGCCAGCCAGUAGAGGACCAUAGCACCACCCUGCUGCAGAUUGUCACCAAAUUUGCCAGCGACUAUUGCAACACCAU